UGCAUAACACACCACGUACACGUAACCAUGAAAAUAAACUUCUAUGAAUAAAUAUCUCGGUUUGUACAUCGAAGAGCCAGUGUAGUUUUUGGUAUUUCAUCCUGUAAACGCAUUCAAUAACGGUAAAUAAAAUAAACGAACAAUAAUUUAGUUUUGACCCUAAUUUGUGUGCAAAACUGGCGCAUCAAUUUUGGAUAUCUUAUCAUCCACCAUCUGGAGCGAAGCAUACCUCCAGUGGUGAUGAAACUCCGCCUAUACCAGAAGAAGAACUCGAACAACAAAAAAUUGAGCAUGAGAAGCAAAUGCAAAAGGAGAAAGAAUGUCAGGCUCGAGAAGCACAGGAGGUCGCGCAGCUUGAUAAGGAGCUGCUGCACCAGCGAGCGAUAGAAGCAGAAGAGGAGCAAAAACGGGAGAUAGCAGAAGCAGUAGAAGAGUUGCGUGGUAUGAACACAUCAUGGUCCCAUCAUAGGCUAUGUGAUCUGCAACGCCAAGCCGCGCGGUGGAGACGCAAUCGACCGUCCAUACCAGACACUACGAAACACUACAGGAGCGUUUUGAAAAAGGCGUGCAGCGCGCAGUUGGAGAAACCACAUUCCAGCCAAAGUAUAAGCGAGGAAGACGGAAUUUUCAUCAAUUUAUCGCGUCUCGAGUCCUGCAGAGAUGAAUCGCUGGACAGUGACGGUUGCUGUGAGAUCCCCGGAUGCGCAGUAUCCGAGAGCAGAGCUUGGCGAGCAUCCGCUAAUGACGUCAGCCCCAUAACACGGAUCGACUUGGUCAGAGCGCCAUCUUGUCCAGGAUGUCGCGCUCCGAUCGCGUCCUUGGACUGUAUGGAUGAUUUUAGUGCAAAUUCACAGCAGAUGCUAGAUCAAGCGGGUGAGGUGGCGGUGACGCGGCAUAUGUCAAGUUACUUGGGCAAUCACAACACAAUGCCAUCGAGUGUAACUCCCGGUCUGCGUUAUAAGAACCUAGGCAAGUCAGGUCUACGAGUGCCCAACAUCGGCCUGGGCAUGUGGACGAUGGUUAACGAAGACUAUGCCGAAGAUAUUGUAAUGACUGCUCUAGAAAAUGGAAUAAACCUAUUCGACCUGUCAGAAGCGCAUUGUGUUUUAAACAAGCGCCAAAUAAAAACAAAUCUUCAUGGAAUAAUCACAGCUAAAGGUGAAGCUGAACUGGGCAGAAUCUUGAAGAAGAGAAACGUGCGCAGGACCAGUAUAAUUAUAACGACCAAAAUAUAUUGGAGCACCAAGUCGGAUGAGAGAGGUUUAUCUCGAAAGCACAUUGUUGAGAGCGUCAAAGCAUCACUUUCAAGGCUCCAAGUGGAAUAUAUAGACGUCGUACUAUUACAUAAGGUCGAUCCAGUGUGCCCAAUGGAAGAAUUAGUUAGGGCAAUGAACUUUGUAAUAAAUCAAGGAUGGGUCAUGUAUUGGGGUACAGCACGCUGGUCACCGUCAGAGAUUAUGGAUGCAUACACAAACUGCAGACAGUUCAACUGUAUAACUCCAAUAGUUGAACAGACUGAAUACCAUAUGUUCUGCAGGGAGAAACCAGAGUUAUAUAUGCCGGAAUUAUAUCAUAAAAUCGGCGUUGGAAUGAUGGCGUGGUCAGCCAUUACAACGGGCAAGGGUCUAGGACGCGAAGAAAUCACCGGUCUCUUUGCUAAGUCGCGUUUCAACAGAAAAUAUAGCACGUUCAGUUGGUGUGAGGAAGAUCUCGCUGUGCCUGAAAUGCGGAUAUCUGGAAGUAAGGAACAGGUGACCGGGGAAGAACCACGCACGUAUGGUGAUAAGCUACGAGAUCUUUCGAACCUCGCUGAUUCACUAAAUUGCUCAAUGAGCCAGCUGGCUGUGGCUUGGUGCCUUAAGAACGAGUCUGUCAAUUGUCUCCUCCUGGGAGCAAGCAGUGUAGAACAAUUCAAAGAAAAUAUACAUGCUCUACAGAUUGUUCCACAAUUAACACCAUCAGUCAUGGUAGAAAUUGAAAGAUUACUAUCAAACAAACCGCAGAGGCCACCUAUGGUGUCUACGUUAGCAAUGAGGAACCAGCAAAACAGCAACACAGUUCGAGUGGACAUGACAGGCGCAACGACAUCUGGCACUGGUUCGCCGAAGCCAGACGGUGAGAACGCAGGCGACGGCGAAGCCUCCACUCCCGGUAAGGAGUCCGGGAGGGCGUUCUGUGAGAUUCAGUGACCGUGGUGGCGCGGAAGCACUGACUCUGCUUCCAAAUCUAGUAAAUCAAAGGAAUCUCUUAAGGACUCAAAACCUAAAUUCUUUUUAAACAAUGCCGGAGAAGUCAUCAAGCGUACAGAGAAAGACGGUGUUUCAACUGACGUGGUAGUAUCAGUGUCUUCGUUGAAAGGUAAGCAGCCAGCAAGUGGCGGUAGUAAAGUGAAGAAGUCAAAGUCUGACCCAGCCCGUCCGCGCUCCUCUUCGCUACAACGAUCGUCGUCCGGCCAACUAGCGGGGGCGCGGGAUAGACGCAGAUCUAGACUCGAACUCUCCUCACCUGCUGACUUGUAGGAUGAAUUUGGAAAAUCCGCAGAUUGUGGUCAACACUUUCCAGUUCGGUAACAUCGAUAGCUCCACGAAAAACUCUCGCAAUGACUGUCGAAGCAGCCAGUAAUAGAAAGUUGUCAAAAAUCCGAAUGUUACAGAAUCAACUUGCUGUAGGUUUUGUAAAAUAUAAUCUCACUGUCUACUUCGAUAGAUCCAAAGCAGUGGCAAAGCAAAAUCCAAUUGUAAUGGUAGCAAAGUGAUGAAGUCAAAGUCUGACCCGGCUCGUCCGCGCUCCUCUUCGCUACAACGAUCGUCCUCCAACCAAUAGGAUUCUGGAAAAUAAAAUCUCACUCAAUCCCGAUGAUAUCGAUAUUCGUAGCUCCAGGACAAGGGCCGACUAAAGAAAAUAAAAUGUCAAUGUCGAAUUUGAUCCGGAAUUAUAGCAAAGUCUCGCAAUGAUCUCGAAAUUCAAUAUGGAGAUUGCAUGUUGCAGAAUCGACGUGCCUGUAGAUGAUUCUGUUAAACCUAUUGUUAAAAUUGGAACUUCAAGUCUAGGCAUAUUUUAAAUAUGCAUUAGUUGAAGCAGCUUGUAAAAGACAGACAUUUGACAAAGUUUUGAAUCACCUAUCGAAAUUCAAAAGUGAGAUUAAAUGUUACAGAAUCGUCGUGUUGUAAAGUAAUGCAAAACCUUUGAUUCUAUGAAAUAGAAAACUUAAAUAAGAGAAGAAUAGAUGACGAUAACGAUCACGUUACGAUAUAGGUAUGGAAAGACAAUAUCGAUAAUGUUGGUAUAAGCGCUAAAACCCAGCCAGAUCGCGCAACCUACAUCAAAAGUGUCCUUAAGGAUCGAGUAAAAUUUAUCAAUCAAUAAUUUAAGCAAAUCUCUAAGGUCUAUGGUUUUAAUUUUUAGUUAUUCAUUUCAUUUCCAUAAUUUUGUUUUUAUUGAUAAGUAAUUUUCUUUUGGUUUUCCUACCUACGAACAAAACAGUAUUAAACUAAUUGUUAGUUUAAAUAAAUAGAUAUUUAUUAUGAAAAAAUCCGUUAAGAAAAAUUUAAUUGCUUUGUGAAGGCCGAAAUGGCUGGGACUCUAAAACAACAGCACUAGAGAAUCUUAAUUCUGUGAAUUUCUUGUAUAAAAAAUAGUACCUAGUACUUUUAAUAGUUUAGAUCAUAAUAAAUGAUAAAACUGUGAAAUUAUUCUAUGAUUAAGUAAAUAAGAACUGCAGAGAACACUUGAGAAGUUUGUAUCGAUAAAUUUGUUCAAACAUUAGUUAGCUAGCUUAAAUAAACCCAAUUUAAUUAAUCUAUGGCAAAGAACGAUUGUCGAUAACCAAAUAUAGGAUUAACCAUACUUGUUAGAUUUAUGAAAAAUUUAGAUAAAAAUUGUUAACAUUAUUGAAAUCCUGUGAUGGAGAAGAUUGGUCAAGUUUCUUAGGUCAAAAACCAUUUGUAAAGUAUUAACUCCUGUAUGUAGAUUUUAAAUCAAUUCCUUGAUUUAUAAAAUUAGCCUAAGAAACUAGUGUGUAAAGAACGUAAAAAUAGAAUGUCCUAACAACUGUCUAAGUAGUUCUGUUAAGUUUAAACCUUACCCUACUUUUCUUAUUAUUAUCAUAUCGUACUAACAGUAGUGUGCUGGUGUAAAUGAGAAUAAACAUUGGGAUUCUGUCUUGUGCUCUGUUGGGUCUAUUAACAACUAAAAAUUAAAGUUGCAUUGUUUGAAAUUCAAAGUUAAUCGAGUUUUUCAAUGAUUCCUUUGGAGAAACUAAUAAAAGAAGCUGAGUCUUUUAUAUAUUAAAAAAAUAUACUUCCACUCGUCAAGCUUUAAUCAUGAAGUCAUUUUUAACGUCUGGCUUAAACAAUUACGCUGAAUUGGUUUCGAAGUACAAAUGCCAAUUCAUACUAAAAUAUUUGAUAAUGUAAUUUUACCUAGUGCCGCUUUCUGCUAUGCACGGUUACCAAAAUUGGAGCACCUACAUCAACCUUUAUUAUAUAGAUUGGGGGCAGCUAUCCUGGUCCAAUUUCAACAUAACCAUCGGUACCUAUUGUAAUCUAUUUAUUGCCAGAAGGCAUCCUUUCCUUUCCUAGGAUAGCAGUAUUUCCUAUGUGUUGAUAUGUUUUAGCCAACGACCAAGUUACCAUUCAUUUAUAAUAUUUUAUUUUAGAUUACAGACACGAUAAAAUAUAUAGGUGUAAAACAAAUUUUAAUUAAAAAUAAUAUUUUUUUUACAUGUAGAUAUUAUUAAUAUAAAUUGGGAAAUAGGUUUUUAUUCCCUGAUUAGUCUUGAUUAUAUCGCUUCUUAUUGCACUAUUACUAUGGUGGAAUCAAAACAGUCCCCUUCGUAAUUCAUUAGGCUGCCAAGUCUUUGCAUUUAAAUCCUAAAAGAAAAACAUAAGUAGUAAAACUACUCUUGUCAACUUUUAUUACGUGUUGAGGGUAUUGAAUAUAAAACGAGGUAUAGUUUUUAAAUAUCUGUAUCAAGACUAAGCAGGGAUGUUGUAACUGACCCCUGAUAGCAUGAUAUUAAUGUUCUAUUCGUUAAGUUAGGCUUAAAAUAGUGAAUUACUAUCAUUCGGAGUCCAGUACCUGUUUCAAAGUAACUGUUGUAAAUUAUUGUAAUUAUUUCUCAAUACAAUAUUAUCUUCUUUAAUGUAGCUAUUUUAGAUAAUAAGUAAAUAAAUAUGUUAUUUUUAAUAAUAUCAUGAAAACAACUUAACUAUGUGUCCCUUCAAGUCGUCCAGUCAAGUCCCUUCAGAAGGAGUAUGGUUUCAGUGUCACUAGUAUUUUAUUCACUAUUGAUGUAUUUAAAUUAUUAUCAAAUAUUUGUCUGAUCAAAAAAGUGUUUAUCAUAAUUAUCAUGAAUAGUUCUGAUAUUAAUGAUGUUACGUUUCAUUUUUAAUGUUGGCAAAUUUAUUUUUGUAAUAAAAUAUUUAUAUAGAAAGGAAAAGUUAAGAAUAGGUACCUAAUUAAUACAUAAUCAAUGCACAACGGUUGUAAGUCAAUAUUUAGAGCAAGGUAUACAUAACACACUCAAUGAAUUCGCCAAGCAUGCACUGCGUGGAUAAAAUUAAAUCGUUAAAGGUAAAUGUUGAUGAAAAAUUAUCAUGUUUAAGCCAGAAGCUGUAAAAACAUCAAAUGGGAAAAUUAAUAAAUCAUGCAUACAUAA